GAAAGCAGGACCAGCGGCCGAGGCUGCUGCUGCCUGCAGCCACAAGUGGCCAUGGAAGGCCCUUACAUCGACGAACGAGAGGACGUUCAGCGAAGGACCUUCGCCAAAUGGAUAGACUCGCAGCUGCACAAGUCGCGAUCAAAAGGUUGGCUUGGGAAUUUUUUUCAGAGCGAGCGCGAGCCGAUUGCCGAUCUGUUCAAGGAUCUGAGGGACGGCAAUAAACUUCUCUCUCUGCUCGAGGUUCUGACAAACAAAACUUAUAAACGAGAGCGUGGGCGCAUGAGAGUGCAUCACUUGAAUAAUGUCAAUACAGCUCUGCAAGUUUUGGAACAAAACAACGUAAAAUUAGUGAAUAUCAGCAGCGACGACAUCGUCGACGGUAAUCCAAAAUUGACUUUAGGUCUAGUGUGGAGUAUUAUAUUACACUGGCAGGUUCAAUACCAUUUGAAAGAUCUAAUGAACGAGCUACAGCAAACGAAUCUGGAAAAGACCCUGUUGGCUUGGUGUCGGAAAACAGUGCAGAAUUAUGAAGGCGUUGACAUAAAAAACUUCACUACUUCUUGGUCAGAUGGUUUGGCGUUUAAUGCCUUACUGCACAGGUGGCUACCGCAUUUAUUCGAUUUUAAUGCAAUCGCACGUAAACAUCCCAAUGCCAGGCUCGAGCAUGCUUUCCGAUUGGCUCAAGAACAGCUGCAUUUGGAGAGGCUUCUCGAACCCGACGAUGUCAACACGUUGGGUCCGGAUAAAAAAUCAAUAAUGAUGUACGUGACGUGCCUCUUUCAAUCAUUGCCUCAUUCGGGACAAGAUAUCGAGGACUUAGACAUUUCAGUGGCCAGUGACUCUGGAUCUAAUGUUACAUCACCCGUUGUUGAGCAUCAAUUUCCGCUGUUUGAACCGGUUUCGGACAAUUCUCGUCCCGUUAGCCUGGCGACUAAUGUGUCAGUUGAGCUCGGUGGUUAUCAAGCAGCCCUCGAAGAAGUAUUAACAUGGUUACUUGAAGCCGAAGAUGUGCUAAGUCAAGCAGAAGAACCCGAUAACGAUCUUGAAAAGGUGAAAAAUCAAUUCUACCAGCACGAAAAUUUUUUCAAAGAACUGCUAGAUCAUCAAGGUGACGUUCGAGCUGUAUUGGAAGAAGGUGAGAGGCUUCUUACUGAAGGUGGUUUGCAAAAAGACGAGGAACACGAAGUUAAAGUACAAAUGUCUCUUUUAAACUCGAGAUGGGAAAAUUUAAGACAAAACGCUGAACAUCGUAAAGCAAAGAUUCACGAGGUUUUAAAAAAUAUUCAAAAGGUACAGCUGAAUUCUUUGCGACAUUGGUUAACACAAACUGAAGAUAGGAUGUCACGAAUGGCGAAUUUGGAAAACGAUAUGAGUUUUGAAAAACAAUUUAAAGAAGUACAAAAAUUAGAAGAAGAUAUAAGAAAUCAACAAAGUGUUGUCGAUGGUCUGAAUCACAUAGUUUUCGUCGUUGAUCCUGAAAAUACCGCGGCACAAAUUGAAGAUGAACUAUCAGCACUGGGUGAAAGAUGGACGCAUAUUUGUCAGUGGCAGCAAAAUCGCCGAAGUAAACUGAAAGAACUCCUAAAAAAAUUAUCAAAAAUACAGCAUGGUUAUCGCAAAAUGUAUAAUUGGUUAAAUGAAACUGAGAUUACGCUCAAACAAAUGGAAGCCGCACCUGCUUCCGAAAUGGGCCAAGUGCUUGAACGCAUCAAACGCCUCCAAUUAUUAAAAUUGGAAAUGGAUAUGAUUCUAGAAAAACUCGCUUCUAUGCGAAAAACUUUGUCAGAUUUAAUAGAUGAUCAUGGAAGUAGGAGUGAAUACAUUAGAUUGUUGGAAAAUCUUGAGAAUUUAGAGGACCAAUGUGAAGCCGUGAAACAAAUCAUGGAAGUGCAAAGCAUAAGAAUCUCAAGUUCAGGGUUCGAAGUUGAUUUAUCUAAUCCCCAGGUAUCAGUGGAUUCAACUAGUGAUUGGUUGAAUGAUUCUAACAAUGACGAUUCCGAACUGGAGGAAAUGUCCUUCAUGUCCUCGGUACACAGCGAUUCUAAAAAACGUCGUAUGGAUACAGCUACUCGCCAAGAAUUCGAUGAUGCUCUCAUGAAUCUUUAUAAAUCAUUAGACUACAUUGAAUUAGAAAUAAGCCGAUCAGAAAACGUAACUACUGAAUUAAGCAUUGAAGAAAGAAAAGUUCUGUAUGAAGAUAAUCAAGCUGAAAUAGAAUCACAUCGACAAAUGUACGAACAUGUAAUGCAGUUAGGUAAAAAAGUCGUUAAUGAGCUACAGCAAGCCAAUGAACGAUAUGACGAAGAAGAAGCUACAAUUAAAAAUAUUGAAACCUGUUGGAAUGCAACUAAUAACAGAUUGGCUCAGAUAAAAUUAAAUUUGGAUUACAUGAUGAAUAUAAAAGAGGCCAAAGUUGAACUUACUAGCUUAAGGUUAAUGUUAGAUGGGCACACUAAAUGGUUUGAAAACAAUCAAGAUAACAUGCACGUUGAUUUAUUUAGGGUGAAAGUAAAAUCAAUUAAGUCGUGUGAAGAUCGUGUUCAAAAUCUCAAUGAUACUGUCAAUCAGUUAACGAAUGAAGUAAUUGUCGAACAGGAGGCCAUUAAGUUGAAAUCCGACGUCGAUAAGUUCUUAAUUGAUUGGAAUAAUCUUUUGCGAAAAUUGAUUGAUCGAUCAAACAUCCUGAACAAAAAUACAGAAAUGGUUCCAUCUAAAAAGUACAACGAAGCCGUUGAUGCAUUAAAUACUUUGAUUGGUAAUAUUGAAAAAACUUUACAGUCUGAACGAACAGUAAUGUCUGAUGAAACAACGAUGAAAACUAAACUGAAAAAUUUAACAAGACUUCAAGAACAAUUUCGAAGCAGUCAAAGUCAAUUCGAUUUUGUAAACAAAGCUGGUCAAGAUAUGAUUGACAAAAUGAAUGAUAAUGAUAAUGAAAAAUUAAAAAUCAAAGAACAAUUGCAAGAUUUAAAUUCAAAAUGGAGUGAUAGUCCAAUUAUUUUAGAAGAAAGAAUACAAAAACUUUCGAAAGACAUUGAUGUUUUGAAAUCAUUCAACAACGAACUUCAAAGUUUAGAAGAUUGGCUUGAUCGUUCAAAAUCGUGGUUGAAUGAUAUUUCUGAAGACUCGACAAUAACAGAUGUUGAAACAACUAAGUACAAGUUACGCCAGGUUAACGAACUAAACGAUGAAAUAAAUAUGACGAAACCACGUGUCGAAAAUUUACAGACUUUGACAAAUAAUAUGUUAGAAUGUUCAGAACCAAAUUUCGCCAGCGAACUCAACACCAAACUUGAAACAGUUUCGUAUAAAUGGAAUGCGAUAGUGGAUGGCGCUAAAAUCCAAGGGGAAAAGUACGAGAAGGCUCUCCGAAAGAAUGAUGAGAUAUUGAAUGGAAUUCAAGAUUUCAACAACUGGUUGACAGAUAUUGAAUCUAAACUACCAACAGACAUUAAAGUCACAUCUUCAGCUGAACUGUUCCAAGCUCGAGGGCGUUACCAAACCCUUAAAAACGACAUUGAUCGUCGCGUUGAAGAAUUCCGAAAUCUUAACGAAUUGGGUAGUGAUAAACUCUUGAGUAGUGAGGGUUCUUCGGUGCAUGAGCUUGGACGCCGUUUUACUCAUCUGAAUGCCAAAUGGUCUGACGUGACUGAUAAAGUUUACGAAAGAUACAAGCAUUUCCAAAACGCUAAUCACGAGUACGGUGAUUUUCGAACCAAGGUAGCUCAAACAAAUGACUGGCUUGAUAAACUGGAGACAAGACUAAAAAAAUCAAAUAAAAAUGCAGCUGAUGCUGAAGAUAUAUCUGAAGAACUUGACGAUUUGGAAAACUAUAUGAGAAAUCAUCCAGAUACUUUUGAAAAAUUACAAGAAAUAGGAAAGCAGUUAAUCGAUAACGAUAUCAUGUCCGAAUCGAUUCAAUCAGAUGUUGAAUCGCUAAUUAAAAGAUGGGAGACUCUUCAUGCGCAGGCGGGUGAACGAGCAAAGCUGCUGGAAGGAUCCGUGAAACAGGCUCAACAGUCCGAGGGCCGUAUCUUAGCCUUGCAACAUUCCCUAACGCAGAUUGAUUCUGUACUAACUGCACGUCUCGACUGUGAUCUUACUGCCGAUGAUCUACCUCAAGAUUAUCAGAGACUUAUUGAAGACAUGGAUAGUCAACAUUCGGUGCUCGAAGAAAUGGCUGCGCAGGUCGAGAGCUAUCGUGCAUCCGGCAAACAAGAGGCAGCUCAACGCCUACUGGAGCAGACUAAUUUGAUAUCGCAAAAAUUCUCUGAAAUUCAGAACAAGUUUCAACGUUUCCGUAGUCCGGGUAGUAUUGAACCCCGCUUAUCGAGGGCUCUGAGAGAACUCAGGGGUAUCGAAGAAGCCACCUGCUUGCUCGAAUUAGCCACCGAGGAACCGGAGGCAAUCGAAAGGCAGUUGAAGCAUUGCUUGAGAUUUUAUCAAACACUAAGUGAAAUAAAGAGUGAAAUCGAAAGUAUUAUCGUCAUUGGGAGGAAAUCAGUCGAAGAAGGUAGUGUUCAUGAUCCCGAUGGAUUUUCCAAGCGCAUUGAUGCCCUCAAAGAACUUUAUAACAAGUUGGGUAUGCAAAUAUCUGAAUCGAAGUCUUUGCUCGAAUCAGCUCUGGAGUUAUCGCAAGAUAUUUAUAAACAUAUGAGUUAUAUUAAUAUGGCAAUUGAAAGUAUCAACAAAGAAUUGGAUACCCAACAAAAUAGACCAGAGUUGCCGGUCAAUGCCAUCUAUGUAACGGAAACACUUACAGAAGUAAUACCGCACUUGAACGUCGUAAAAGACAAACUCUUCCGAAGUCAAGAUGAAUUUUCAAAACUUUUCCACCCAUCAUAUCUUGAACAAUUCAAAGAAAAGUUAUGUACCAUAGUAGAUAAACUAUCCGCCACAGAAAAAAGAUUACGGCAAUGUAAUGGAUCGGAAAGUGAACCUCACGUUGAAGAUAUCAGUGCAUGGUUAGACCGAAUAGCAGAAACUUUGGACAAUCUUGAUACAAUUCCUAUCGAUGAAAUAAAUGAACAGCAUUUACAACAAGUUAAAGACAUUGAUGCAGAGAUGACAGAGACUAAACCGAGAAUGCAACAACUUCAGCGCUAUGUUUAUCAACCAAAAGUGUUUCAAGUGUGCAAGCGAUGGGAAGAACUUUGUAGCAGGACGAAGGGCUGGAUUAACGAAACACCUAGACGGAGCGAUAAAUCUGUCGAGUUUUCUACAUCAAACAUCAGUACACCUCUUUCGAUCGCGACUUCGCAGGCUGAGCCCGACAAAGAGUGUGUUCGAGCCGAGGCUCAUAUUCAACAGGCACCUGAGCAGCGUCAUGAGACACCCACGAGUGGAGGAAAUAACGAGAGUAACUUGACGCCCGAAAGUAAACCGUUCGAGCCCGCACUCCGCAGUCAUAAAUCUGCAUCCGCCAAAGCUCAAGAAAGAACAAGAAUUGUCGAUGUUAGCUAUACGGUGCGACGAAGACUCGAUUUGAGUUCCUACCCUGAUGUCGUGCAAACAUCGCAGUUGAGCAACGAAGACGACGACGAUGACGAUGAUGUCGAUGCAGAAGAGGAGCUGAGCUUUGCCCGAGAUGACGUUGAUAAGGAAGAGUUCUUUUUGUCUAAAAAUAGCAAAUUGUUCUCACAAGUUUCUAAUAACAGCCUAAAAGCUCAAGAUGCUGUUAAAGAAACGAGGGAAGUGAGAGAACCAACCGAUUGUCAAAUCGUCGAGAUAAAAGCCAGUGAAAUCAUCAAAUCAAUUGCGGCUAAAGAUAAUCAUAAAGAUGUGGUUCUCUCAAAAGCUAAUUUUAUUGUUCAACAAGUACCACAGGUGGUAGAGCGUGUAGAAAUAAUUGAAGAUACAGACCCAGAAUCGAUGGAUACAGAUCCGGAAGAACAACUUCAAUCAAAGUCAACGAAAGAAUGCACAUCACCGCCUGUAUCACCAUACAAAUCAGUUCUCAAACGUCCAAGCAUGUUCACUUCAGAAGCGUUUCAUGGACAUAUACCAAAAUAUUCUGCUGUAAGAUCACCGAAAAUUCAUCCACAAAACACAGCUGAAUUCGACAAAGUUGAUGGAAGUAGUACCCGUUCUUGGUCGAAUGUGAGCGUUGAAACCGAUAAACGUUCUAAUCAGAAUUUCACUCCUAAAGUUGGUCCGAAUUGUGAUGGCAAAAAUGUUGAAUCCGUUGAAGAAUUAAAGAUACCACCUAACGUAAAACGACCGACUAAACUUUUUCCACAGUUCCAAGAAGCUGAGAUCAAGGAAGAUUGCGACAGCUUUUACGGUAGUGACAAGGAAACUGACGAUGUGCUGACAUUUUCAGACGAUACUGAAAUUGAAGUAGCAAGUUCGAGUUCUGAAGAUUGCGAUUUUAACAAGGGAACUCAUAGGCUGGAUAAGGUCAAAGUUGCAACGGCCAAUUUAUGUUCAACAAGUAAGUCACAGCAACCUUCGAGUCAGUUCUCAAUGGAUAAGAAAACAACCCCUUUCAAAACUGGUCAAAAAGUUUCACGAGCUGCCCUCCAGAGAGAAAUUCUCGAAUUCGAAGUUUCAGCGCAAAAAAUGCUAGAGCGCAUGGAUUCAAUGUUGAUGUCAAUCGGUGUAAUCGUCGACGAGAAGGAUCCAGCUAAACGUCUAGAGAUGCUGAAGUACGAAAUAAGCUACUUAGCCCCAGAUGCCGCAAGUCUAAUUAGUCGUGGUGACGGUCUUGUAAUGAUGGUCCAUGCGCAGGAUCCCGUCCGAGCUGAUAAAAUUAAACAGGAGCAUCAAGAUCGUCUACGCGCCAAGUGGCAUCAGGUUAUGCAGGAUUGUGAGACAAAGCGCUCAAUGGCCCUCAAAGCAGAGGAAACUCUAAAAUCUUACACGAAACUCGUUGCAGAACUCGAGGAGUGGUUCCGAGAUGCUCCACAAAAACUCGAACAAGCGAACAAUUACGAGGGUCAAUUGGAAUCAUUCACUAUUGAGUUUGAUGAAAGACAAGAACAAAUUAAUAAGUUGAUGCAACUCGCUCAAGAUUUGAAAAAAUAUAAUGUAGCAUACAAUGAAAUGACUGUAUAUAUUUUAAGUAGCAAGUGGCAGGAUAUCAGUUCUCAAUUUAAAAGAUUUAGUGGAAGCAAAAAUAAAGAUAAAGAACUCGGCGACAAAAAAGUUAACGUGGCUUCCGGAGGAAUAAGCGCCCAAGAUUUUUGUAAUCGAGUGAACAAACUACGAGAAGCUAUAGGUACUUUAUUCAAAUCGCUCAAUUCAACGCCAUUAAAUGGCAAAGAUUUUGAUUUAUUUAGCGACCAGGACGAUUGCUUGAAAAAAAUUAGCAGUGCUUUAAACAUUCUUAAGCCUAGCGUUGAAGAAAUGAAUUAUCUUUGGGAGAAUAUAUCUGAUAAUGAUCAUUCCCGUCAACAGAAUGAGCUGUUGAAAAAGGAAUGGACGAUGGUGAACCAAAGUUACAUAGAACGUUACAAUCGAUGGGCAAAAUGCAAUGAGAAGCUCAAUGAGUUGAGAAAUGCGUGCUGGAAUUUUGACGACUGCUUAGCAAAAAUGGAAGCCUCCGUUAAGGAGAUCACAAUGAAUCCACAAAGUCGAAUAAAUAAAGCUCGAAUGUUGGAGCUUGACCAUGAGAUGCCGCGAAUGUUGAGAACCAUGAACGGCAUUGGAGCGAGCAUAUCUGACGUAAGCAAUAGGUCGUCGCCAGGGGACGUGAAAGAUUGGCAGCGGGUGAUCGAAGAUUUAAAGGGAAGAUGGCAAAGAUUUGUCACUGAUUGGAACAACUAUAAAAGCAGAAUCGGAACGAUGGGUAAACAAAGGAGUCCUAAGCAAAUAAUGGAUGGUGCCGGAAAUCUCGUGAGUCAAGUGAACUCUUUGCUUGUGUCAACUGCCAAUCCAUCUGACGAUACAAGUUUGUCUAUAAGAUUAUCUAUGGUCAAGGCAAGAGAAAAGGAACUAUCUGAUCAAAUAAAAGAAAUGCAAAAUUUGAAGAGUCAAAAUAUUUCCGGUGUUAGCGAAGAUGACUGUGAUAAACUUAUUGUCAAUUUAGAAAAGGCUCACGCUGGUAUAUCGUCUCAUAAGGAGUACGUCGAGAACAAAUUAACAUCUCUCAAGAAGUAUGUACAAACUUUGGAUGCUGUCGUAGCAUGGGUUAACGACACGAGAUCUCGACUUAGUGAAGCUGCAAGCGCAGCUCAGCAGGAUGAACGCAUCAACAACAUAGAAACUAUCAUGGCAAGUGUAGAAGACCGUCAGAUGGAAGUCACAGAUGUUCUUGAAAAUUAUACCAACUUGGAGAAGGAAUGUGAAUCUGCUAAACAGACAGUCUCUGUAGAACUUCAAGAAAAGUUGAAAAAACUUAGAGAAGAAUGGAAUUUAUUGAAGAAUCGAGAAAAUAUCGAAGUUGAACUGAGCAUGGCUGCUUCACCACUGAGACUAAAAGAGCGAGAGCGACACGUAGGAGGAGCGGCUGAGGCAGCGGCAGCAUCAUCAUCAACAAGCAGCGGCGAUGCCAACGACAGCGUCAGCAGUAACAAGAACGAAACGUCCGGCGUUAGCAGCCAGUGUUCGACUGCGAUAAGCCGUGGUAGCCCGGCCGCUAGUCCGACAGCGGCCGGUGCGCCCCUCUCCACCUCGACGCCGAACAUCCCGCAGAGUCCCCUCGACAAGCAACUACUUCAGAUUCGUGACUGGCUGGCUGAAAAAGGAAACAUGAUCCGUCAACAGGUUGUCGUGGUCGGCGACGUCGAAAGUAUUCUACAACAUAUCGACCAACAAAAGACUGUUCUACGAGAACUAGAACAGAAAAAGCCACAAUUGGACGAACUGGUGCACACGGCUGAGAACUUGCGCGCAGACACGAACAGGCAACAACUGCAUGGCAAAGUUACGAAGCUACGCGAGCACUGGGAUGAAACGAACUCGAAAGUUAUGCAACGCAAAAGUCAGCUCGAUGCCAUGCUCGGGGACAGCCAACUCUUCGAGGCAAAGCGCUUCGAAGUCGAGGCGUGGAUGACUCGCAUGGAGACCAGACUCGAGCGCAUGAAUCCCGUUGGCCACACGGCCGACGUUCUUGAGGUUCAGUUGCGAGAGCAAAAGUCGUUCCACGCGGAAUUGCACCAAUACAAGCACCACAUCGAACUGUUCAAUUCGCUGACGCAAAGACUCAUCGCAGUCUACCAGCAAGAUGACACGAGCCAGGUCAAAAAGCUCACUGAGACCAUCAAUCAGCGAUACAAUAAUCUAAAUACAAGCAUCAUCAGUCGAGGCAAGUAUCUUCAUUCCGCCAUGAAUUCGCUUCACAACUUCGACCGUUCCCUCGACAAAUUUUUAGCCUGGCUAAGCGAAGCGGAGUCUUCAACGGAGACUCUUGAGACCGAAGCCGAUCGUAUCUGUGGAGGCAGACGAGACCAGGCAGCAAUCGCACGAUCACAUCUUCAGUAUAAGGACUUACAAUCAGAAAUCGAGACUCAUCACGAUGUCUAUUCGUCGCUCAAUGGAACUGGACGCAAACUUCUUAGUUCGCUCGCGAGUCAGGACGAUGCGGUUAUGCUUCAACGCCGGCUUGACGAGAUGAAUCAAAGAUGGCAUCAUCUGAAGGCGAAGAGCAUGGCUAUCAGAAACCGGCUGGAGAGCAACACCGAGCACUGGAACGCCCUGCUGCUGUCGCUGCGCGAGCUCAUCGAGUGGGUGAUACGCAAAGACACCGAACUAACGGGCCUCGGCCCCGUCUGCGGCGACGUUGCGGCACUUCAGAAACAGCAGGACGAUCAUCGUGGUUUCCGGAGGCAACUCGAGGACAAGAGACCGGUUGUGGAGAAUAGUUUGCUUAGCGGACGCCAGUACAUCGCCAACGAACCGCCGCUAUCGGACACCUCGGACUCCGAAGCUGGACGCGACCUGGAUGGCGACACGCGAGCCUACAUGAGCGCCGAGGAGCAGGCGCGCGAGCUGACUCGCAGCAUUCGACGCGAAGUCAACAAGUUGUCCGAGCAGUGGAAUGCGCUGAUCGAGCGCAGCGAUGCCUGGAAACGCAAGCUCGACGAGACCGCAAGCAAACUAUGCGUGUACCAAAAAUCCUUGGAGGAGCUGUCGUCGAGAUUAGCUGGCGCGGAGGCUAUUCAGAGCGGCUGGCAAGUGGCCAGCCAGAAGGGCCAGGAGUCGGCCGAGCAGCUGGAGCAACUGCAAAAGUUCGGCGAGCGGCUGAAUCCGAUUCAGAGGCUCAUCGAGGAAGCCAACGAGCAAGCGAGCGCCUUUGUCUCGUCCAACGUCAUUGUGUCGCACGCUCUGCUCGCCAAGCUCGACGAUCUCAACGCAAGGUGGAAGGCACUGCAAGCGGCUGUAGACGAGCGCUACAAGCAGCUCACUGGGCUUGGCAAGGACGUCAACGGCAAGCCGGCCAGUCAGUUGCUGGCUUUUCUGGCCAACAGCGUCGAGCCCCCAUGGGAGAGAGCUCUCACGCCCGCCAAAGUGCCUUACUACAUCAAUCAUCAAACGGAAACGACGCACUGGGACCACCCAAACAUGAUCGAACUCAUGGCUUCGCUGGCCGAUUUGAACGAGGUCCGUUUCUCCGCCUACAGAACGGCUAUGAAACUGAGGACGGUGCAAAAGCGCCUUGGCAUGGACAUGCUGUCUCUGUCGACGGCGCUCGAGCAGUUCGACUCGCACGGUCUGCGCGCCCAGAACGACAAACUCAUCGACAUCCCGGACAUGGUGACGGUUCUCGGGGACAUUUACGAGCGCAUGGCUGCCGAUAAUCCCAACCAGAUCUCUGCGGCUCUCUGUGUUGAUCUAGCCAUCAACUGGCUGCUCAACGUCUACGAUAGUCAACGUACUGGACAGAUACGCGUCUUGUCCUUCAAAGUCGGAUUGGUGCUUCUCUGCAAGGGCCACCUCGAAGAAAAGUACAGAUAUUUGUUCCGGCUCAUAGCCGAUCCGAACCGUCUCGUCGAUCAGCGUAAGCUCGGCCUGCUACUUCACGAUUGCAUUCAAGUACCGCGGCAACUUGGUGAAGUGGCGGCUUUUGGUGGCUCCAAUAUCGAGCCAUCCGUUCGCAGCUGCUUUGAGAAGGCUGGUAAGGACAAGAACGACAUCGAAGCCCAGCACUUUUUGACCUGGCUUCAGCAAGAGCCACAGUCGAUGGUUUGGCUGCCGGUACUACAUAGGCUCGCAGCCGCCGAGAACGCCAAGCAUCAGGCCAAGUGCAAUAUCUGCAAAGAGUAUCCCAUCGUUGGAUUCCGCUACAGAUGUCUAAAAUGCUUCAACUUUGACAUGUGUCAAAACUGCUUUUUCUCCGGCAAAAAAGCUAAGAACCAUAAGCUCACACAUCCGAUGCAAGAAUACUGCACAGCGACUACUUCGGGUGAGGAUGUUCGAGACUUUACUCGUGCCCUGCGCAACAAGUUCAAGUCGAAACGCUACUUCAAAAAACAUCCACGCGUCGGUUACCUGCCGGUACAGACGGUGCUCGAGGGCGACGCUUUGGAGAGCCCGGCACCUUCACCCCAACACAGUUCGCUCAGUCAAGACAUGCACUCGCGCUUGGAAAUAUACGCCUCGCGCUUAGCUGAGGUCGAGCUGUCGCGCACACGAAGCAAUUCAACGCCCGACAGCGAUGACGAGCACCAGCUCAUCGCUCAUUAUUGCCAGAGCCUCAAUGGUACCGAUGGCCUCAAUGCUCCACGCAGUCCCGUACAGGUGAUGGCAGCCAUCGACGCCGAGCAGAGAGAGGAGCUCGAGGCUAUGAUUCGUGAACUUGAAGAGGAAAACGCCACUCUGCAAGCCGAAUACGAGCGACUGCGCUCAAAGCAGACUCCCGGCUCGACGCCGGAAGAUGGAACACAUAGUGGUAGAUUGACCGACUGUGAUAUGAUUGCUGAAGCUAAAAUGUUGAGGCAACAUAAAGGACGUCUAGAAGCUCGUAUGCAAAUCCUUGAAGACCAUAAUCGUCAACUCGAAGCACAGCUUCAAAGACUCAGAGAGCUACUACGUGAGCAACCAAAUAGUGAAUCACCUUCAAAAACUGGAACUUUGCAGACGCGCAGCGUAACUGCUUCACAACUGGCAACCGAUUCACCAGCUAAAAUGAAUGGCCAUUAUCAUGAUUCUUCGGGUGGUGGUAGUAAUGGAAUAGCAGACGGUGGCCGGGUCAACAGCUUAGAGAGACCGCCUCCUCCCCCUCACAACGUCAACAAUCUCUUGCAUAUGGCAGAAGAUUUGAGCAAAGCCGUUGGCAAAUUGGUGACAUUCAUGACUGAAGAAAGUGCGACCGAAACAAAUGGAGAGGAUUCAGAACAAGAUCGUAGCAAUAGUCAGGAGUCGCAUCAGUCUUCUCAGCAACAAGAACAAGAGGAAAAAUCUCCACCACCACCAGUUUUCAAACCGUAAUAUUCGAUCGAGACGCAAUUGAGAAAGAAAAUUUUUUAUCAAUUUUCACUGCGCACGUGAAAGUGAUGAAAUGAAAUCAAUAUUGAGAUUGCAUUUAUACAUGUAGCACAAAGCAAAGGCACGAGCAGAGAUGAUGCAUUUGUAUAUCAUUAUAUAAAAUAAUUAAGCGUCACAUUGCUAAACUAAUUAUACGUAAAGCUAUUCUUCAUAUUGACCAAGAGGGGAUAAGUCUGGUUUUUAUCGCAUAUCAAUGAAAGGAACAAGAACUAGUUUUUAAAUCUAGCUUGUGCAUUCAUUUUAGUAACCGAUAAAACUCGAUCCAUUAAGUUGCAUACGCGAAAUGUAAACAGGGUCUACAUAAAAGUAUGGUUGACAGCGAAAGACUAAAAAUUUUGUUGUUUCUUUUUUUACCUGAAUCACGCCAUAUCACAGGAGAUUUUAAGGAUUUGACAAUAGUCGAGGUGUAGGAAGUAUUUAGUUGCUCUUUAAUUGGUGUCAUGUUUCAACUGCAAGAGGCAGAACUGGAUCUGAAAAAUAUCGAUGCUAUUUCAAAGAUGAUGCUUUCUCAGUAUAUAUGCAAAAAGCGCGAAGAAUAACAAAGCCGAGUGCAAACGCGAGAAUGGCAUUGAUCUUUGAAGCUUACAUAUAUUGUAUAUCUCGUCAUAUCAUUGCCAAAAAAGAAAAUUUAGAAUACGCUAAAUGAAAAUUGUUUUAAAUUGUUAUUAAUGUAAUAAUCGGAAAACGAACGAAAUCUAUUGUUAUAUGCCUGCUAUAUAUAUAUAAAGUGUAUUAGACAAUUAUGAAAUUUACGAAAUGUGAAAGUUGACAUGGAUAAAAAUAACUACACAUACAUGUUAACAUAACGAAAGGAACGAAAAAUCCUAAUAUUAUUAUUACACAUGUAUACAAUGCAUGCAAAAUGGUAAAGAAUGAACUCUGAAUUAAAUUACAUACUCUCGUAGGCUAUAUAGAAAAAGAAUGGCAUUCACGUUGUUCCCCAGAUACCCGCAAAACCUCGUUACCUCUUUUCAUUCCUCUGCAACAGCUUCAAGCCACAUUUAUCUUUUAAUUCAAGUACUUAUCUAUUUACCGAAAAAAAUGAAUAACAAAAAAGUGCAAGCUCGCGCACAUUCAGUGCUCGGAGUAGUCAGAGACCAAAUUUGAAAAAUUAAGAAGCUCCUCCAGCACGUGAUUGCAUAUUUUAUCUUCUAUCGAGGACUACCUCCUGUGAAUUUUUCUAGAUUUUUUUAACCGAAGGUAUUUAACGUAUGACCACUAGCCAAUUUGGCUACUUGGUUUUGUGACUUACGUUCUACUAAUGAACGAACGUUGAUUAAAUAAAUAUACGUAUGUUUAAAAAUAUCAAUAAACAAUAAUAAAAACAA